AUGGCACCCGUAACAGCUGCAUCGUCAUCCUCGGCGUUCAACAGGAUCGGAUUCUGGUCUCCGAAUACAGCCUCAGUAGACUGGUGCGAGAACAACUAUGUCGUCUCGUAUUAUAUUGCCGAGUUCUGGAAUACCAUAUCCAACUUUGGAAGCCUCCUUCUCGUCAUUCUUGGAUACCAUCUCUUUCCGACAAACGAUGGACGGUUCAAGGUUCUGUUCUGGACAUGUGGGGUGGUCGCCAUCGGAUCGACAUUGUUUCAUGGAACCCUGAGGCACAAAAUGCAACUUCUUGAUGAACUACCGAUGCUCUAUUCCGCGACUAUAAUCCUGUAUAUCCUUGUCGAGGCCAAGCAUGGACGCCAAGGCUCAUGGUUUCCGGUCUUUCUCACGACUUGGCUUUCACUGACGACAUACAUCUUCUCAACCACGGGGGGAAAACUUCAAUUCUACACCUUCCAAUCGACCUACACGACCCUUCAGCUCUGUAUGAUCUACUACCUCCGGCUCCUGCACGUCCAACAGCGAUCUAAGCGACCCAACCCAGCAGUCUCGGUCCUGAUCCGUCGCGCGUUAUUGUUCGGCGCCUUUGCGGUCUCGAUUUGGUUGAUUGACCUCCGCCUGUGUGAAUUUAUCAAUGGAGUCGGACCGAAAUCGGUUCUGAGAUGGAACCCGCAGCUGCAUGCCUGGUGGCAUGUGUUUUCAGCCGUGGCGAUGUACCAUGCUGCGCUCCUUGUCGGUUAUUACCAUUAUGAUGUGAUCGGGCAACGGCCGAUCGUUUACCAGUGGAGGGGAUUCCUCCCUGCGUUGAAACUUGAUGUCCUUUCAGAGAAUCAUAAAACAAUGUGA